UCCAACAGUUGCGGCCGUGAGGCGCUAGUGAACGUUGCUUUUUGUACCACUGAAACGCGAGUGAAUUCCCAUUGAAGAGAUCUGCAAAUAUGAAGUCCAUUUUCUUGGUGUUACUCUGCCUGGCUGCUGCCAGCCAGGGACGUGUGCUGCAGCCGCCCAAGGAGGCCAUCGAUAUACCCGUGGCGAUCAUCGAGGAUAAAGAGCCGCCAUUGGCCUUGGCUUUGGUAAAAGAAGAAGAGGCUGCCAAACCGAUCGUGGAAGAGGCUGCCAAACCGAUCGUGGAAGAGUCUGUCAAGCCAAUCAUCCAAGAGGAGGCCAAGCCAAUCAUCCAAGAGGAGGCCAUAAUACCCAUUGUCGAUGCUCCCAAACCAAUCAUUGAGGCGGCUCUGAAAACGAUCAUUGAGGAGGCUCUCAAAGAGGACUCCAAGCCGAUCACUGCAGAGGAGUCCAAGCCGAUCAUUGAAGAGGCCAAGGUGCAGGAGAAGUUGGAGGAGAUCAAGCCCAAAGAGGAGAUCAGAUCCUUGAACAAGGAAGCAGAGAUCAAGUCUGAAAUCAAAGAGGAAGCGAUCAAAGCAGAAGAGAUCCAGCCUGUAAUCAAAGAGGAAGUGAGCAAACCAGUGAUCAAAGCCGAAGAGAUUCAACCAGUGAUCAGGGAGGAAGAGAUCAAGCCCCUGAUCAGUAAAGUGGAACCACAACCGCUUGAAGAGCUGGCCCAAGGCAUUCUCAAGAGCCAGCCCGCUGAAGACAGCGUUGCUGCAGCCGUGCCCGCCGAGGUGGUCGAUGCCAGUCCCGUGGUCGAAGAUCAAGCCGAUCUGGGGGGGGAUCAUGGCCAGCCGCAUUUGCGGCAGGCCACCCAGGCCACGCCCACGCAGCAGCAGAGCACCACCCAGGGGAACUUUGUGCAGCAGCUCAUCCAGAAUUCGCCCAUCGGCCAGUUCCUGAAUCAGUUCCAGCCACAGCAGCCGGCACAGCUGGCAGCAGUACAGCCCGUGGCCGCCGAUGAACCCGCCCCGCCCACGCCGGCGCCCACAAUUCCCGGUUUCCUGAAUCCCGCACAGGCCAUCACCUCCGCCCAGCAGGCUGUGCAGAAUGCAGCCCAAUCUGUGGUCAACACCACGACACAGGCCUUCCAGGGCAUCCAGCAGUUUGCCAGCAAUCUGGGCAAUCAGUUCCAGAGCACUCUCACGGGUCUGACCAACCCCGGCUCCACUACGCCCCGUCCUCCCGGUCCCAUCCAGCAGUUUGUGAGCAACAUCUUUGGUGGCGGCAACAAUGCCACCGCUGCCGCGCCUGCAGCUUCCGCCCAGCCGCCACAGAACCAGAAUCCGCUGCAGGGCAUCAUCAAUUUCUUGGGCGGCAACCGGCCACAGAAUGCGCCCGCUGUGGUGCCAUCUCCAGUGACUGAGGCACCGGCCACGCCCGAAGUGGAUGACAAGAUCGAUCCGGCAAACGAUGAAGUGGCGGAGUUUGUGCCGGAAUCCGAGGACCAGAAUGAGGUGCGUGCCAGCGGAGAGGCCAUCGAUGAUUCGUUUGAGGAGGCCAUUCCCACCAACGAGGUGAUCGUCGUCAAUGAUGAUGCCAACGAUGGUCGCGAGGUUCUGGUCGAUACCAUCGUUCAGCCCCUGCCCGUGGCUGCUGUCGAUGCAGUGGCUCUCUAGAAGGACACAAAAAAGAGAGGCAGAAGAGAGAGAGAGGAGAGAGUGAGAGAGCGAGGAUCAGAGAGACGAUCCCCCAAAACGACUGACGCCAUUUUCGUCGCCAUUUUUCGAUUUAAAUUGAGAAUGAAGGAAAAUGUUUCUUUAGUUUUCUAAGUGCAUGCCACACGCCGCCACACAACACACAAAACACAAAAACACACCCCACAAAUUAUUUAUUUCAUAUUUUGCCCA